CAUUUUUUUUUAUAUUGUUGUUAGAUAUUCAUCUUGAAGCUUAAAAAAAAUACAAUGUUGGCCAUAUUUCACAAGGCAUUUGCUCAUCCUCCUGAAGAAUUAAAUAGUCCUGCAUCAAAAAAAUGUUUACUUCCUCAACAAACACUUCAAAAAUUCAUCUCGACUCGUCCAUUUGACACCUCUUAUGUUACCUUUGGAGAUGCUGCUACUCUUGCUUUUGUUCGUCCUAAUUGCACUUCCUUGCUCAAUCACACACAAAGGUAUUUUUGUGGUUAUGAUGAUAUUUACUGUUUGUUCAUGGGGAGUUUGAAUAACUUGUGUGCACAAAUCAAACAAUAUGGGCUAUCACCAAAAGGUACAAAUGAAGCCAUGCUAGUUAUUGAAGCCUACAGGACACUUAGAGACAGGGGACCUUAUCCAGCUGAUCAAGUUAUUAAGGAUUUUGAAGGAAGUUUUGCUUUUGUUAUCUAUGAUAGUAAGACUGGAACUGUAUUUGUUGCUUUGGUAAGUAUUUGUAUUACUCCCUCCGUCCUAUUUUAUACGAGUUAG